AUGGAAUAUGAUAAUGAAAAACAAAAUAUUUCAAAUGAAAAUUUAUUAAAUAAAAAUUAUCGAAAUAAUUUUUUUGAAAAAUCAAUAAAUGAAAUAAAAUAUACAAAAUUAAAUAUUGGAAAAUCUUUAUUUAUUCGAAUAAUAUUUUGUUUAUUAUUAUUAUUAUUAAUAUUAUUUCGUGGACAUAUUAUUUGUUUAUUUGGAUUUUUAAAUUGUUAUUUAACAUGGCCAUUUACUUCUCCAGUUCAUAUUAAACUUGAUUUAUUAAAUUUAUCAAAUAAAUUCGGUGACCAACAUGAAUAUAUUCCACGUCGAAUGCAUCAUAUAUUACUUGGACCAUUAAGUGUAUCACCACCAUCAAGUUGGAUAUCAGCAAGAAAUUCAUGUAUUGAACUUCAUUCAAAUUUUGAAAAACAUUAUUAUUGGACAGAUUUAAAUAGUAAAGAAUUUCUUGAAAAAAAUUAUCCAUGGUUUUUAAAAACUUGGAAUUCAUAUAAAACAAAUGUACAAAAAGCUGAUUCAUUAAGAUAUUUUCUUCUUUAUCAUUAUGGUGGAAUAUUUCUUGAUAUGGAUUUAUAUUGUCUUCAAAAAUUAGAUGGACUUUUUUAUUAUUUAGAUAAUAAAAUAUCAUCUGAUGAACAUAUUUUUUUAGCUGUUAAAGCAUUUCCUGUUGGAAUAUCAAAUGGUUUUAUGAUAUCAACACGUAAACAUCCACUUCUACAACGUGUUAUUCAAAAUCUUGAACUUUAUAAUAGAAAUUUUAUUUUACCACAUGCAACUAUAGUUAUAUCAGCUGGACCAAUGUGUAUAUCAAUACAAAUACAAUUAAAUCGUUCAUUAUGGAAUUCCAUAUUAGUUCUUGAUGGAAAAGAAAAUAUGAUUGGAGGAAAAACAAAUACACCUUUAUUUAGACAUUUAGGAAGUGGAUCUUGGCAUAAAGCUGAUGAUAUGUUUUUUAAAAAUAUUCCGAUGAAUAUUCAACGACAAAAUCAAACAUUUUCAAUAUCUGUUAUUGUUUUUAUUAUUUUUAUUUUCAUCUUUUUUAUUGGAAGAAACAAAAAUUUUAUUAAGAAAAAUUCAAUGAAAAUAAUUGGAAUAAUAAAAAAUCUUUCACGUAAUAUAAAAUAUUAUCGUGAUAAAAAAGAUGAAGAAGAUUCAAUAGAUUUAAUUGAUUCAUUAAAUGAUAAUGAUAAUAAUAAUAAUAAAGAAAAAUGUCGAAUAAUAAAUCGAUUAAUUCGUCGAAUAUCAUAUUCAUUUAUAAUUCGAUCUAUAUUAUUAAUACCAUUAUUUAUUUAUUUAUUAUUAAUAUUAACUCCAAUUAAAAAUAUUCGAUCAUUUAUUCCAGAAGAAAUAAAAAAAACAAAUAAUUUUCUUAUUCUUGUUGCACAUCCAGAUGAUGAAUGUUUAUUUUUUAGUCCAACUAUAUUAUCAUUAAUAUCUAAUGAUAAAAAAGGUCAUAUUGUUGUUAUUUCAACUGGUAAUAGUAAUGGUUUAGGACCAAUUCGAGAAAAAGAAUUAAAAGAAAGUUGUCAACGAUUAGAUAUUGAUUUAUCCCGAUGUAUAUCUUUAAAUUUAACUAAUUUACAAGAUAAUCAACAUCGAUGGUGGCCGAAAGAAAAUAUAUCAGAAUUAAUUGAAAUAUAUAUAAAACAAUAUAAUAUUGAUUUAUUAAUAACAUUUGAUCGUGGUGGAAUAUCUGGUCAUAUUAAUCAUAAAUCAAUUGCUAUUGGAGUUGAAUAUUAUAUUGAAAAAACUUUUAAAACUCCAUUAAUAUAUCAAAUAUCAACUGUUCCAUUAUUAUUUGAAUUUUCUUCAAUAAUUGAUUUAUUUCGAACAAUAAUUAAAUUUUUACCUCGAUUAUUUCGAAGUUUUUUUUCAACAAUAUUUCCAUUUUUAUUUUCUCCACCAAAUGAUAAACAUGCUUUAUUUGUUAUUUCACCAUUUGGAUAUUUAAAAGGUUUAAAAGCUUUUCAUGCUCAUCGUUCACAAAUGCUUUGGUAUAGACAUAUUUAUACUACAUUUAGUCGACAUAUGUUUAUUAAUGAUUUGACUAAAGUUUCACAUUAUUUAUAA